AGUUGUCAAAAGAGCCUGGGAUGAAGAACCUCCUCACUCUUGGGUCGGAAUCAAGAGAUUGGACUCUGCAGGAGACCCGAAUUCGCUGAGGGCAAGAAGUGCGAGGAWCAGAAAGGGAAAAGCUUGGAAGAGACUAGGGGUUAUGGCUUCCCGUGAUCCUGCAGUUCUUUCUCCAACGGGUAAAUUCUGGGGGGUUCCCGAACCGAACCCUGGAGUGUGACCGUCGCAGACCUCCAGUGCCCAGAUUUCUGGUCCUGACACGUGAAGCCGGCUCUCCGGGAAACUCCGAAAAUCCCUAGGUGACCCAAGGCCCAGGAUUAACUCUUCCAGCAAUCCUCAUUUGUUUGGUGGUACAUCUUGACGAACUGUAAUAAAGAGUAAGCACAGACAACUAUCCCAACUUGAUCUGACAUCAAAUGAGAGAAGAGUGCUGUAACUUGUGAAAAUGUGUGUCAUCACAAAACUUGCUCAUCGAGGUGGCUCGUGAACUGCUUCCUCUUGUGGUGAAAUAAUGUUCAGCUCUACCUUCAAAGCUGAUYGCCUCCGGGUUAACUUGCAUCUGGUUAUCAAUCGCUUAAAACUCCUGAAAAAAAAGAAAAUUGAACAGACUCAGAGAGCAAAGAAGGAGGUUGCAGACCAUAUGGCCACUGGGAAGGAUGAGAGAGCCCGGAUCCGUGUGGAGCACAUUAUCCGGGAAGACUACCUUGUGGAGGCCCUAGAGGUUCUGGAACUGUACUGUGACCUGCUACUGGCUCGGUUUAGCUUGAUUCAGGCCACAAAGGAACUAGAUUCUGGUCUGGCUGAAUACAUAUCUACACUAAUCUGGGCAGCUCCUAGACUGCAGUCAGAAGUACCUGAGCUGAAAAUAGUAUUUAAUCAGCUGUGUGCAAAAUACAGCCAAAAGUAUGGUCAACUCUGUCAAACAAAUGAAAUUGGAACUGUCAACUCUCAGCUAAUGUGUAAAUUAAAUGUGAACACUCUACCCCAGGUUCUAGUGGAACAGUACCUGGUAGAAAUUGCUAAGAACUAUAAUGUGCCCUAUACAUCCAAGACAAGCGUUAUGGCUGAAGCCCCAGCGGACCUGGUCUGUGUUGGAUUUACAGAGGAUGUCAAGAAAGAUGCCCUUGGCAGAGGAGAUAGCACUGCAGUGAGAGCAGGUGAUCCACCUGGGGCUUUGCCGAUAUCUGCACCAGGGCCCCUACAUGUGCCAUCCCCAGGCCCUUGUUUCCCGUCUUUUCCUCCUGAAAGACAGAAUGAUGACUAUAAGAAGAAUGAUUUGCUUCCCUCACUAGUUCCUAGUCCAGGACUCAGCCCCCAAACUUCUUCAAAACCAGAAUCAAGAACCAAGAUUGGUUUCCAUAACUUCAUGCUGUCUAAUUUGCCUGAUGUAAAACCUCAAGCAAGCCCGUCCAUCGACCCUUAUGAUUCCGAAGAGGUUGACUUGGAAGACCUUAACCUGAGACUUGAAAUGCUGAAGAAAAUGAAUUAAUUUCUUGGUCCUUGAAUUGAGCAUUUGCCUGGGAAUCAGGACUGGGUAUGAAUUUUAGCAUAGCCAUCUCUGUGUGGGUCUGAAGCUUUCUCGUUCACAAUUCCUUCCAUUUCUUAAAUUCUAUAUAUCUCUGCCUACUGUAAUAAUGUGUAAAUGUGUGUCUGUGUACACACAUGUAAUUAUUUCUGUCCCCUCAAAUUUGAAAUACUUAGAUGAAAAUUCUGGACCUACAGAAUAUUAUUAAUUGAGGUCAAUAAAUUUUCCUCUGGAUCUUUAAUUAUCCCAUAAUUAUCUCUUUUUUUUUUUCAGGUAGGCAGAAUGGUGUGAAUUUUAAAUCCCAUCGCAUACUACCUAUAUGACUUUUAGCAAAUGGUGCCUCCUGUCAAAUGUGUAUGAAAGAAUUCAAAAACUAGAGGAAAAGAUCUUUUAAUAAAUGAGUUUUGCGGGGCUGGGAAGAUAGCUAAGUGGUAGAGUGUUUGCUUAUCAUGCGUGAGGAUCUGGAUUUGAUCCCAGUACUGCAAAAACAAACAAACAAACAAACAAA